UGUGGUAAGCAGGUGAUUGGAGAAGUACCCAGUUGAGCUGCAGAGUCAUCCUUUGAGUCUUCCUCUGAAGAACCCAUGUUUUCACAUCUUUGUCUUGAGUGUGUCCUGUGGCUGUUGCUACCAUUGCUUACAAGGUCUUUGGAAGAGGGGACUGUAGUGGCAUUGGGUCAGAAUGCCCAGCUGCCUUGCACAUACAGCCUGCCCACAAUGGGGAGUUUCGUGCCUGUGUGCUGGGGCAGGGGAGCCUGCCCUGCAUUCGACUGUUCGAAUUUGAUACUCAGGAUUCAUGAAAAGAAUGUGACAUAUAUGGCGUCCAGAAGAUAUACACUAGAGAGAGACUUCCACAAAGGAGAUGUGUCCCUGACCAUAACAAAUGUGACUCUGGAUGACAGUGGAACCUACUGCUGCCGGGUCCGAUUCCCAGGUCCAUUUAAUGAUGGAAAGUUCAACAUAAAGUUGGUUAUCAGGCCAUUCAAGUUCACUCCCACUCCGACUGCACAGAGAGGCUGGACUCCAACCCUUCCAAGGAUGCUUACCACCAAAGGACGUGGACCAGAGACACAGACCUCAGGAAUGCACCAUGAGAAAAAUCAAAUAAAAAUUUUCACACUGGUUAAGGAGUUCCAAGCUUCUGGAGCCACCACCAGACUAGGUGUCUACAUCACAGCCAGAGUGGGCGCUGUCGUGGCCCUCAAGUUUAUUAUUGGUGCUUUAACUCUCCUGUGGUACUUUCACAGGAAAAAGAACUCACAGAAUGCAAGCCUCAUCACUCUGGCCAGCAGUCUUCCCUCGGGACUCACAAACGCAGCAGCAAAAGGGAUUCGCUCACAGGAGAAAAUCUACACCAUUGAGGAGAACGUCUACACCACGGAGAAUGUCUACACCACGGAGGAAAACGUCUACGAAGUGGAGGACUCCAGUGACCACUCCUGCUCUGUCAGCAGCAGGCAGCCAGAGUGAUGACCUCUGCCUCUUCCAUGCUGUUGGUUUCAGUCCCUUCACUGUUCACCUUGGUACUGUCCUCUUCAAAACAGAUACGUGACUGGUUUUGCAGGUUCUCCCCACAGCCUCCUAAAAGGAUAUCUCCGUUUUCAGAAGAUAACAAGCUCACAUGGGGAUUCAGCGGUGACCCAUGCUGAAUGUAGGCAUAGGAUAACUUCUGUUUUCCAGCCUCCAUGGCUGCCCAACCCAGAGACUUCUAACUGUGGGCGUUAGAGCUCAAAAAUGCUUUUACACAGAUUAAGAAGGCUUUGUUUCACCAGGGUUUGAACCUAAGGUCCUGCUCUUAAACACAUUUUAGAAAAUUUUAUUUUGAGACAGAUUGUUGCUAUGUCACUAAAUUGCCCAGGCUGGGCUCAAACUCUUGAUAUUUCUGCCUCAGUCUCCCUGAGUGUUGGUAUCAAAGGUAUAUACCAGAUAUCUGACUAGGAAUUCUUGCUUUGAAGUCUCUGGACCUCCAAAGAAGUCAGGGACAUGAUGCAUCUAUACAGCUCCUGGAAAUAAGGAUAUUUGUGUGCUGAGAUCUAUGCAUGCUUUUUGGGGGGGGUAUAAAAAUCCUAAAGGGACCACUGAUUUUCAUAACAUCUGUGAUCCUUAAAGAGUUAAACAGGACCACAUUAGGGCUAUAUGAUCUUAAACUCCCUUCUGAUUCUCAAAACUCAUGCCUAUUUGAAUGCUGUCUCCCAGUGUGAGCACCUCUGUGUAGCUCUUUCCCACCUCCAUUAAGAAGCAUGUUCAGUCUGUGGUGUGGACAGAGCUCCUGGGGACAAGGAAGUGUCCCUUGUGUUUGUGGCUAAGUUGUGCUGUCCUCAUGGGGAGGUAGCUCCUCUCUUCUCCCCUCCCCGUCUUGUUCUUUACCCUUGUCUUUCUCCAUGUUUUUUUUUUUUUUUUUCUCUUUCUUUGGUGACAAAGCAGUGUUUUUCACGAAAGAAUCAACCAGUCACUGGGUACACAUUUUUCUGAUGGGAAGCAGGCAGAGGCCACCAGAACUCUGUACUGUCAACAUCAUUUCCUAAAAGGAAGAUAGCAGUCCCUAUGUGUAAGUCUCAAGAUGACGGAACUAGGUUUGUGUUCUUUUUGCUCAUCCUCCAGUGCUGGCCUGGUUCUCCCACACAGCAGAAACAGACUAAUUCUCUUCAGAAUGAAGAGUUAAGUAAACAGGUUAGAUUCCCCACAAGACAUUUCCAUGGAAGAGCUCAAGAAGGGCCCAACUCUUCACAAGUGCCCACUUCCUCUUACUCAGCCACAGCGGUCUUGGUCUCCAACAUCCCUUCCUUUUUGAGGUCCCUGGCAGGCUGGAACUCUUUUGCCUGCUUUCCACCUUCUGCGACCUCCUUAGCUCAUGAACAAUGAAUGAAUCAGCCCUGUGGCCCUGUCACUGCCUGCACACUGCACCUCUCCAGUGGAGGGCUGCAUUGCUCCAGAGUUGCUCUCCGGAGGCCCCCUGGUCCUGGGGGAUGUGCCUCCUGCUUGUUUCCAGCCCCUGGCCAUGUAUGAAUAUCGAUUGUGUGGGCUGCACCUAAGUGGGAGGCACUGGCUUUCUUGAGAAACCCAUGUAAGGGAGAUCAUUUUAUAAAGUCACCCACUGGGGACCUGGCCAAGAUCUCUAGCUACUUGUAUGAGAGGUACAGUGAAAGGGGGAGAUAAGAUAGAGACAAUAGGGGAAUAAUGGUACAAUUCAAAAAGCUAAGUGGUGCAGGGCACGGUGUCAUAUGCUGUAAUCCCAGCACUUGGGAGGCUGAGGCAGGAGAAGUUUGGGGUUAGCCAGGACUGUACAGCUAGCCUGAACUACUGUCACUGGCAAUACCCUAUCUCAAAAACUUAAAAAAAAUUAAAUAAAAAGAACUAAGUGGUUUUAUUUAGUUUACUUUUUUGCUAAUUUGAAAAAUACUUUUUAAGUGGUUCCCGUGUGUUGGGCUCCUUGGUGAUGGGGCCAUGGGUGCCUCCCUGGCCCCAUGGAAUGUCUAGGUGAUCUGACUUUCCAUGUGGAAUGCAGUUCAUGCCCAUUUAUCCAUUCAGUGAAGAUUCAUUAACCACUUCUUCAUGCCACACACUGUGUCUUAAGACUGCAGCCUCUCAGUGAAUGAAAGUUAAGACUACCUGCUCUCAAGGAUAAUAUACUACUUGUCAGAGGAAAAUACUACCUUAAAUCAAAAGGCAAAAGUUACAGGAUUGUAUAUAUAACCAGGGAGGGAUUUUUACUUUAAAAAUGUGGAAUGGAUGGGCAUACUGAUGCACACCUAUAAUCCUCGCACUCAGGAGGCUGAGGCAAGAAGAUCUCUACAAAUUUCAAGCCAGCUGGGCUACAUAGUGAGUCCAGUCCAGCCUGAGCUCUACAGCAUGACUGUCUCAAAAACCCAAAAUGAAACCAAACCAAACCAAAAACACCCCAAAAUAACACGGCCAAAGUCUGAGGUAGGCCUUCCCUUUCUUCCUUUAGGAUGCUUCUGUAAGUUUGCACUGUAUUUUUCCAUUUCCUUUUGCAAUAAACAGUUAAAUUUAAGCAUGAUAUCAGUGUUUCCCUAUCUUUUCUCUACCCCAUAGGAGAAAGUGAAGACUUGGAUAGGUCUUGGUCAAAGUGAAGGCUAGCGAUAGAUUGUAGCAUUAUGUCAAGAGCGGAACUUGGUUUUCAAGAUAGGAUUCACUGUACAUUACACACUUGGAAUGGAGAAGGUGGCAUAGAACAGGGGCAGGAGAAGUUCCUACAAAGAGCCUACAAAUGUGGAAGUUGAAAUUUAAAGAAUUCAAAAUAGCUAGGCAUGUUGGGGAACACCUGUAAUCUCAGCACUAAGGAGGCUGAGGCAGCAGGAUUGCUGCAAGUUUGAUGCCAAGCUAGGCUACAGACAGAAUGACAGCAUCACUGGUCAGUCAUGGGAUAUGGAACUGGAAAGGUUUGAAUCUCUCUUAAAUCCCAAUGUAAUUUUCUAAAAGCACUCACUUUUAAGAAACAAAGCACAUGUGUAAUCCCAGCACUUGGGAGGCUGAGGGAGGAAGAACACUGUGAGUUCAAAAAGCCAACCUGCGUUUGGUAGAUUCAGUGGCCAGCCUGAACGAUAUAAGGAGGCCCUGAUUUUAAAUAAUAAUAGUAGUAAAAAAUAGUAGUAAAAAUAGUAGUAAUAAGUAUAACAAUGACAACAAAUUUCAACUCUUCCCUUCCAAAACCAUAAGCUCAAUAACCCUAUGUUUUUAUAAGUUAACCAGUUUGUGUGAAUAUGUAUGUAUUGGAUAAGCUGGAGAAUUAUAUAUUAGCUUUUUGGUUUAUGUCUCUAACAAAAAAUAAAGCUUUGUUAUUAGUA